CUGCGGCGCGGAGGACCACUGGAGGCGCCGCGCCGCCGUCCGCGCUGGAGACCGCAGCCCGGCGCAGGCGGCGCCCGUCCUCCGCGCCUGGCGAGCCUCCGCCGGCCAGUGCGCCCUGCUCCCGCCGGGGCCCGAUCCUUCCCCGCGAUCGGCGGCUCGCCCUGCAGACUCACUGGUGUUAAAUGUCAUCCUGCCAGAAGUCAAGCAUGAAGAGCCUGCUUCUGCAGUUCUUGCUUAUUAAUUUGGGGGACGUUUUUGGUUCUGCUCUUUACUGGGAAAGCAGCAAAAUAAGGAAAUUAAGGAGCCGUCCUGUAAUUUACUGAGAUAGCCCAUCAGUGUCAACGUUUGUCAGACCGUGUCCCAAGAAAAGCCGAAGGCAUCUGAGGACAGAGCACUGGGAAGCAACUCUGAUGGUGCAACCAAGCUAGAAGACUUUGAGUCCGAGGCACAAGGAUUGAGUGUUUUGAGUUACUGUGUAUAUACAGUACUGGAAUUGGACCCAGAGCCUCUCACAUUCUAGGAAAGCAUUCUACCACUAAGCUGCAUCCUCAGAGCUACUUCUGAUAGUCUCAAAUACUCUGUAAUUGCAUUCUGAGAUGGUUGGACACCUCAACAGUGGCUUGUUAUUUCCUAGUCCAGCCUGAUCCAUGAGAUGAACUGAACCUGAAGAAUCACUGCUUCUUCGUCUGUGAGUUGGAAAGAGGAUUGGGAUGGUCUCACGUGCACAUCCCUAGCCUAACUGCAGCGAUGAGUUCAGACGAGAAGGGCAUAUCCCCAGCUCAUAAAACAUCCACUCCGACCCAUAGAAGUGCCUCCUCUUCAGCAUCCUCUCAGAGGGAAAGCAGGCAGAGUAUCCACAUUUUGGAGAGAACUGCUUCAUCAAGCACCGAGCCCUCUGUAAGUCGGCAGUUGCUAGAACCGGAGCCCAUCCCUCUCUCCAAGGAAGCUGAUAGUUGGGAAAUUAUUGAAGGGCUGAAAAUAGGCCAAACCAAUGUCCAGAAACCAGACAAACACGAGGGAUUUAUGCUGAAGAAAAGAAAAUGGCCUUUAAAAGGCUGGCACAAGCGCUUUUUUGUCCUGGAUAAUGGAAUGUUAAAGUAUUCAAAGGCACCACUUGAUAUUCAAAAGGGGAAGGUCCAUGGGAGCAUAGAUGUCGGACUGUCUGUCAUGUCAAUUAAAAAGAAAGCUCGGAGAAUAGACCUUGACACGGAAGAGCACAUCUAUCAUUUGAAGGUGAAAUCCCAGGACUGGUUUGAUGCUUGGGUAUCCAAAUUGCGCCAUCACCGGCUGUACCGUCAGAAUGAAAUUGUGAGAUCACCAAGAGAUGCGAGUUUUCACAUAUUUCCUGCCACUUCUACAACCGAAUCCUCCCCAGCUGCUAAUGUUUCUGUUGUGGAUGGAAAGAUGCAGCCCAACAGCUUUCCAUGGCAGUCCCCUCUACCAUGCAGCAAUAGCCUCCCCGCAACCUGCACAACUGGCCAGAGUAAAGUGGCAGCCUGGCUGCAGGACUCUGAAGAAAUGGACAGGUGUGCAGAAGAUCUUGCACAUUGUCAGUCAAACCUUGUGGAACUUAGCAAACUCCUGCAAAAUUUGGAGAUACUCCAGAGAACUCAGUCAGCACCUAACUUUACUGACAUGCAGGCUAACUGUGUAGAUAUUUCAAAGAAAGACAAGCGGGUCACAAGACGCUGGAGAACAAAAAGUGUCAGCAAAGAUACAAAAAUACAACUGCAGGAAGGGCCACCUGUGAAGGGCCAGUUCAACACAACUCGACGCCGGCAGAGGCUAGCAGCUGCAGUGGCUACAACAGUUCCUUUCAGCGCCACCAUGUCACCGGUUCGUCUACAUUCCUCCAACCCAAACCUUUGUGCAGAUAUUGAGUUUCAGACUCCUCCUAGCCACCUCACUGACCCCCUGGAAAGUUCAACAGAUUAUACAAAGCUGCAAGAAGAAUUCUGUCUAAUUGCACAGAAAGUGCAUUCUCUUUUGAAGUCUGCAUUUAACAGCAUAGCUAUAGAGAAAGAAAAGCUGAAGCAGAUGGUUUCUGAGCAGGACCACAACAAAGGCCACAGCACACAGAUGGCCCGGCUCCGACAGUCACUGUCACAGGCACUCAACCAGAAUGCUGAACUAAGGAGUCGUCUGAACAGAAUACACUCAGAGUCUAUUAUUUGUGAUCAGGUUGUCAGUGUAAAUAUUAUUCCUAGCCCUGAUGAGGCUGGUGAGCAAAUUCAUGUCAGUCUCCCCCUGUCACAGCAAGCAGCCAAUGAGAGCCGCCUCUCCAUGUCAGAGUCUGUGUCAGAGUUCUUUGAUGCCCAAGAGGUGCUCCUGUCUGCAAGUUCAUCAGAGAAUGAGGCUUCAGAUGACGAGUCUUACAUCAGUGAUGUGAGUGACAACAUAUCUGAGGACAACACCAGUGUCGCAGACAAUAUUUCUCGGCAAAUCCUGAAUGGGGAACUUACAGGAGGCGCCUUCCGGAACGGCCGCCGCACGUGCCUACCUGCUCCUUGCCCUGACACCAGUAACAUUAACCUGUGGAAUAUCUUGAGGAACAACAUCGGCAAAGACUUGUCAAAGGUCUCAAUGCCUGUGGAGCUCAAUGAGCCACUCAACACUCUCCAGCACCUCUGUGAGGAGAUGGAGUACAGCGAGCUCCUGGACAAGGCCUCAGAGACCGAUGACCCAUAUGAGCGGAUGGUUCUUGUUGCUGCGUUUGCAGUAUCAGGAUACUGCUCCACCUACUUCAGAGCAGGAAGUAAGCCAUUCAACCCAGUCCUCGGGGAGACUUAUGAAUGCAUUAGAGAAGAUAAGGGAUUUCGGUUUUUCUCAGAACAAGUUAGCCAUCAUCCACCUAUUUCUGCCUGUCACUGUGAAUCAAAGAAUUUUGUGUUUUGGCAAGAUAUCAGAUGGAAAAAUAAGUUCUGGGGGAAGUCGAUGGAAAUCCUACCUGUUGGGACCCUGAAUGUCAUGCUUCCAAAGUAUGGUGAUUACUAUGUGUGGAAUAAAGUCACCACAUGCAUACACAACAUCCUCAGUGGGAGAAGAUGGAUCGAGCAUUACGGAGAAGUAACCAUUAGAAAUACCAAAAGCAGUGUAUGCAUUUGCAAACUCACGUUUGUCAAGGUGAAUUAUUGGAACUCCAACGUGAAUGAAGUCCAGGGGGUAGUGAUGGAUCAGGAAGGGAAGGCAGUACACCGGCUUUUUGGGAAGUGGCAUGAAGGGCUCUACUGUGGUGUGGCUCCCUCUGCAAAGUGCAUCUGGAGACCAGGUUCCAUGCCAACCAACUAUGAGCUCUACUACGGCUUCACAAGGUUUGCCAUUGAGCUCAAUGAGUUGGAUCCUGUGCUGAAGGAUCUCCUUCCUCCGACCGAUGCCCGAUUCCGGCCAGAUCAGAGGUUUUUGGAAGAAGGGAAUGUAGAGGCUGCAGCAGCAGAGAAGCAGCGAGUAGAAGAACUCCAAAGAUCUCGUCGACGGUACAUGGAGGAGAACAACCUUGAACAUAUACCAAAAUUUUUUAAAAAAGUUAUUGAUGCAAAUCAAAGAGAAGCCUGGGUUUCUAAUGACACCUACUGGGAGCUUCGGAAGGAGCCUGGGUUUAGCAAAGUAGACAGCCCUGUUCUUUGGUAAACUGGAAACGUAGAGCUAGGCAACAUAUCGCACUCUGAAUGAAUAAAUAACUAUGCACAAUUAUGUUUCUUAUAGCUACGCGUGGUUUCUGGGUCGACUGAAAACCUCCCAUUUGCUUUUCUAUUCAUCUUUAUAAUGGAUUUUCAAAAGUGCAUUAGACAAGGCUCCUAACCACUUUUGGAUCCUUUCUGUUUUGCUGCAACCAUAUUCCUUAAAAAAAAUAAAUAAAUAAAAUCCACGCCCUCUUCAGAAAGCAGAAUAAAAGAAGGUAAAUAUAAAAUCCAAAGUCGGAAGAGCUGGUAAAGAAAAAUAAACUGUACUCGGUGCUUAAAGGCGGUCAAGAGAGUUUAAUGCGACAUACAAACUACCUGUGUGGUCAGUUGUCUGAAAGCACCAUCCAUUUACCUUAGGAGCUCCUGGGCCAUGGCAGUCGGUCAGUUCAGACUCUAAGUGUGUUUUAUGUGGUGUGUUUGUGCCAGCCUCGUCAAAACAGAUGAUACUUCCCAGAACCUGUUCCAUCUUUAUGCCAUUGUUCAUGCCUUAAGAAAUGAAGCAAAGAUAAACCAUUUUCUAAAUGUGUGCUCAUAGGUGUAUGUGAAAGACAGAUCUUUAGAAUCCUGGCAUGAUUCACUUUCAGGAUCAGAAUGUUGAUUCAGCUAAUAUAAAUGGAUAAAUAAGGAAAACCACAUGCUUUCCUUUGAUAAGUCAAGUACUGUAUGGUGGGUCUGCAGGGCAAGAAGGGAAAGAUGCACUAAGUAGAUCUCUGUAUUCAUGUUGUUCAUUAAGUUCCUGUCCUGUGUCCAAAUGAUAAACCAUUCCUCUUCUAUCUAACCUCACAUUGUGCCCUGAUACUUGGCACAGUCUGUGUUUGAUUUGGACAUCAUCAGUGUUAAAACUGUAUUAGGAAGUAAGAAAAAAAACCUUUGGAGUUUCCUCCAUGUGAGCUUAGUGGUACCAUAAAGACACUGCUUUUGAGUAAAGCACAAGGCCAGGCAGCACAUCUCUGACCCAUGCCUACCCCUUGACGAUGUUCAGAUGCCACAGAGAACAAAAGCAAGAAUGCCAGUAGCUUGUUUGCAUUAUGUAAAUGGAUCUUAUGCAAAAGCAUUUCUUUUUCUCAGUCAAGUCACUCCACGUGAUACAUGAUUACAUCUUAAUCAUUUACCUUGCUAGAGGCAGAGAUAUAAAACUUAGGCUAAAGCAUUUUAUCCAUCCUAAAAAGGGGGAAGGGCAAAAAUGUUUUGAAUGCUUCAGGAUUUGUUUUUCCUUCACUAGUAUACAGAAAGUUUUGUAGCAGUCCUGCACCGGUAUUCCUAAGUUUCUGCAUGUACAUGGCUAUAUAAAUGCCUGUAGUGAAUUAUAAAAUUACUUAUAUUUUAUUGUUAGUUAGAUUUUUAUUCUUAGAUUCUUACCAUAGAAUUUAACUGUUAUUUUAAACUCUGAUAACAAAGUUAGUGACAUUUUAUAUUUUGUUAAGAGCACUGAUUUUGGUGUUAUUUCUCCUCAGCAAAGCAUUCCCAAUAACGAUUAAUUCACCAUCAAACCAAAAACUGCUAAGAACAUAAAGGAAAACUCUAACAUUUCCAGUAGAUGUAACAAUAUUUUAGUUAUCGUAAAACUCAUCCCUCCUUUCAUCUAAGUCCAUAUACUACGCACACAACUUGCAUUCAUUAGGAUGGAAUUUGGUUCCAAAGUAAACUCCGUAAGCCCUCUCCAGAGCUAAGCAUCCCACAUUAGCAACCCCUCUCCCUAUGGUUCUCGGCUCUUUAGGCUCCCGUUUGAAAUCUAAGUGGUUUGUCCUGCAGUUGUAAAGUAACCCUUUUCAUGAACUGUUUUUUUCAUUCAUCUUGAUACUUGUUUGUCUGCACUUCAAUUAUGUCUAAUUUUAAUUAGAACUCAAUUAGAAUCCUAUUGACUUUUUCAUAUAAGUUGUUUCUCCUCUAAUUGGUAAAGCUAAAAAUUCUAUUUAAAAUGGGUCUCAUCUGUACUUGCUAGCAUUUCCCUGAACAGCCUCACAAUAGCCUAAAAGAAAAGAUUCCAAGGAGAAAGUGGGAAAGUGAGGUGAGCAGAAGAUACCCUACCAGUCAAAGAACUGGCAGAAGACUCAGGACCCAUCAGGGAAGCAACUACUACCCUAGCCUAUAUAGUAGAGAAAAGCUUACCAAGAAAUAAGGAAAAAAUAGUAGGCAAGACCUUGACUAGAUAGCUUAGAUUACAAAUAUGAGCAGUGUAAGUGAUGGUAGGUCUCACUGGAACUCUUUAAGAUUUCAAGAUGAAAAUGAGAAAAAUGCCAUAUUAAUUACAGUUGCAUUGUAUAAGGUUCAUAUUUUGAAUCUGUUUUGAGAUUCAGAGUCCCUGAUUAUGCCCAUCAAGUCAUCAGAUAGGCUUUAGAUUCUCCUGUGACUCCAAGUCACUCAUCUUCCCCAUGGAACACUGGCUUGGUGUAAAGGCCUCAUCCCUCUUUCAAGUCACGUAGUUAUAAAGUUAUGAGGCUUACCCUGUUGGAAUUUUCAUUUAUAUAAUAUUUGGGCUAUUGAAACUAAAUUGCAAAACAGUAGAAUGGCAGCUUAUUAUCUUGAUAAAAUGUGAUAUAUUCUUUGGAAUUUUAUAUAAACCUUUAUAUUUCUGGGUACUUUCUAAUUUGUUUUCCCUUAAAAAUGAUCUGGAACAGAGGAGGGCUUGAUGUUCCCUCAUGCUUUAUUUUCAAGCUCCUGUCCCUCAAGUUAGACAGUCAUUCAAGAAAGCAGUAGUAAACAGCAAUGACCUUGUGGAUUGUCCAGACUGAACUGAUCAGUGACACACACCAGCGUUUCCAGAGGUGCACCAAAAAUGAAUUAUUUUUAUUUUGAAUGCUGCUACCAAGGUGCAAAUUUACUCUCCAGUAUUGCUGAUAUUUUGUUGUUCUUGUUAUUUUUGUUAUUACUUUUCAUGGAUUACUUAAAAACACUGUCUCUAUAAUCUCCAGGCAGAAAAUAAACUUCACUUAAGAUACCUUUUAAUGGUACAUGUUAGGUGGUGUGAGGGCAGGCACCAAAUAGAUUUUUCUGGGUAGAGGAAACCAAGGGGUCGUUGGUACAAAGGAUGCCACCUUGUCAAUCUUCCAAACCUUUUGCCCUUCUUAACUACUGUGGUCCCAUGCUUUUCCACAUGACCACUAACCAAUCAUUAGAUCUUGUCCCAUUGGAGAAGAGAUGGGAUGCUAGGGAAGAAAACCUGAUUAAACCUGUUUUGCUUAAUGUUGAUUGCAGCUGUGGCCAGAGACGAGUUUAUUACCAUAAUCGUCGAAAGGACAUUUUUGUUAUUACUUGUGGGUUUUAAUUAUCCAUCUUGUCUAAUCUUGUUCUCUGUCAUCCUAAAUAAUGAAGUGUUUGUGGGAGCAGUGCUCCACACACCAGGGGGUGUAAUACAUAUUUGCACUUGGCUCAGUAUAUUAUGAAUGUGGCACAGUAAAUAAAGUUUGUGUACAAAAUAUUAGUUUAUUUCUAUGAGAGCAAUUAUGUUCAGGAUAUAUAAUAUGUAUCUAAUUAAACCAUUAUGAAUCUAUUUUGUGCUCUAGAAAUGUUCUUUGGGGGGAAAUACAGGAAAAAAGUGUGUAUGUGGAACUUAAAGUAUUGGUUUGUUUUGUUUUUGCAAAGAAUUUCAUGGAUUUUGGGAAAUACACCACAUCACGCUAAUUCUACCCUUGAGCCUUUCUUGUAAAAUUUAUACUUUUAAGCUGUACUGUCCAUGAAUCUUUCUUUCCUUUCUUCCCCCUUUUUGAGACUGUGUAACUCUAGGU